AUGGAAGCAAAACGUUUGCCUGCUACUCAUGGUUUACUUCAACGAGCAUUUACAGUAACAAAACGAACAAAUGAUCAACAAACAUCAACGAAUUUAACAAUUCCUGUAUGGAAUAAAAAUUGGCAACGAGAAAUAAGUACAAAUUCUGAUAUAACUACUGUUAAUUUAUCUUCUCAAUUACCAACAUAUGCUCUUGAACCUCAAAAAAAAUUUGAUUUUUCACGUGCACAAAAACAUCUUCAAUUAGAACUUAAUCGUCGUUGUGGUAAAAUAUCAAGAACAAUUCGUUAUGAUCCAAAAUUAGCUCUUGAUCUUGUUCGUGAUUUAGCUCAACAAUUACGUCGAGUGAUUAAACCAGAUUAUUUAAAUUUUGUACGAUAUAAAAUUAUUAUUUGUGUUUCAAUUGUACAAACAGCGCCUAGUCGACAAAUACAUCAAUCAAUGUCUAUCGCCUCAAGAUGUCUAUGGAAUCAAGAUACCGAUCGAUCAAUUACUGUUAAAACGAAUUUUGGUUAUGAUAUGAUUGCUACAGCAACAGCGUUUAUAGUAUAUACUGAUUAA